CAUACACGCCGCAGCACAUUAGUCGUUGAAAAGAAAAAUAGUCACAGUCUCUCACUCUCUCUCUCUCUGUGUCUCUCCGUUGAGGAAGUCGGAAAUGGCGUCUCCUCCGGCGGUGAGGUUCCCGAUCUUUCUGACGGUGAGACUGAUCGGUAUUGUGGUUACACUUCUUCUCUUCGUCUGGGCACAGCGUUUCAGAGGAGGCCUCGCUCUCGUUUCCGACAACAAGGAUCUUAUUUUCAAUGUGCAUCCGGUGUUGAUGGUGGUUGGACUUAUUUUAAUCAAUGGCGAAGGGAUGCUUGCAUAUAAAACGAUAUCAGGAACAAAAAGCUUCAAGAAAGUAGUUCAUCUCACUUUACAAUUUCUUUCUUUCAUUUUAAGCUUGAUUGGUCUCUGGGCUGCUUGGAAGUUUCACAAUGAUAAGGGCAUCGAGAAUUUCUACAGCCUGCAUUCAUGGUUGGGUCUAGCUUGCCUUCUCCUAUUCUUCAUUCAGUGGGCUGCUGGGUUUGUUACUUUCUGGUACCCAGGAGGGUCAAGAAAUAGCAGAGCCACCCUGUUGCCAUGGCAUGUCUUCUUUGGAAUCUAUAUAUAUGCCCUCGCUAUCGCUACAGCUACUACUGGUAUUUUAGAGAAGGCUACAUUCCUCCAAACAAACAAGGUAAUAUCACGUUAUUCCAGUGAAGCAAUGUUGGUCAAUUCCUUGGGCAUUUUGAUUGUCGCUUUGGGUGGCUUUGUUGUUCUUGGAACCGUUGCGCCAUCUAAUGAAAAAGCUAAUACCUCAUGAGGAAAGGAAUGACCAAACUGCUUUAUCAACUCACUGUUGUGUAAGAUUACCAUUUGUAUGUAGUUUCUACCCCGCAGCUCACAUAAUGUAUCAAUUGAAUUUAUUUAUAUAUACACAAGUUUGUGGUUCUGUUUGUUUUUUUCAAGCAAAUAAAUAAACUCAAGUGCCAGCAAGUUUGACUAUGCAAGAUUUGUUUUCCUUCU